ACAUGCCAUUCGACAUUCGUUGCGUGCUUCGAAUCCGGGGCGAUUCCAAACUUGAGGGGGGCAGCCGCGCCGUCAGGGGAAGGGAAUGCAAGUGGAAGCCAUGCUAGAUCAGCUUCAAUCAAGCAAGGAUCCUUUAUUUGCAAGGCAACCACAUCCAGACAAGAUCCCAUCGCUGCUGGUUGGUCGAUCUGCUGCUGGCUAAUUCACUGUGCGCGCGUAUGCGUAAUCAAUUCAAUUCAAUCGACUGGCUGCUAAGCCGGUUGGCAUGCACCAAGCAGGCGGCACUGCUGCUGCUGGCAGCAGGCACGCCGGCCGCGCCCGGGACAGCUGCGCCGCCGGCCUUGCCAACACCCUCUGCUCCCUCCUCCUGGGCCUCCUCCUCGUCGCCGCCGUCGUCCUCUUCGUCCUCUGGCUCGGCCUGCGCCCACAUCGCCCGCGCUUCAACAUCGCAUCCUUCUCCGUCGCCGGCGGCCUCGACCCGGACUCCAGCCCCGCCGGCACCAGCCUCGCCUUCAACGUCACGGACCGCAACCCCAAUCGCCACAUCGGCAUCUACUACGACGCCGUGCAUGCCUCCGUCCACUUCUACGACGCGCUCGUCGCCUCGGGCCCCGCCUUCGCCGCCAGAUGGUACCAGCCCAACAAGACCACCACCUCCAUCACGGGCUUCCUCGAUGUCCUCGGCCCCGCCACCACCGACGCCUCCUGGCCCUCCUUCUCCGCGGCGGUCCGGGCCGGCCGAGUCCCGUUGCGCCUGCAGCUCGCCACGGCCAUCCGUUUCAGGGUCACCAAUGCCUUCCACUCCGGCCGCCAGAGGAUGCAUGUCAGCUGCGACCUGCUCGUCGGCGUCGAAGGCAACUUGCUGCCGGAGUCCCAUGGGGCCGCCUGCGACAGAUACUUCUGAGUUGCUUUUGGACUGUGUAAUAAUUCAACAUCUCACACGAAAUCGAUCACAAACGAUUAUGUAUUGCAUUGUGCUGGUGGAAAGAUCAUGAAAUUUCUUGAU